GAUUUAUCAAAACACUUUAAUAAAAAGUUACUGUAAUAACAAAUAAGCACUGUUAUUAAUCGUAGGUUCCUUUUAUAGCAUGCGUAUUAGUACAAUUACUUGUGGAUAAUAUUGGACAAUAAAUGGAAGAAAAAACAGACAAAAUAGAUGUCACCAAGAAUGGCUUUUCGAAAUCUAUUAAUAAUAACCAUUGGACUAAAGUAACAGUGAUUGAUUUAAGCCACAGUAAUCUUAAUGAAAUAGGCGAUAGGCUUAAGUUUCCUGAAGUAUUAAGUGAACUCAAUUUAUCACACAAUAAAUUUGAGAAUGUACCUCAAAGUGUCUCCAACUUGCAACACGUUUUCUACCUUAAUCUUUCAUUUAAUAAUAUUCAAUAUUUUGAUGACACACCUUCAUUCUGCCAUUCAAUAAAAGAGCUUGAUUUGUCUAACAAUAACCUCCAAGGACCACCAUACUGGGUUUGGACAGAAUCUCCAAAAUGUUUACAAAAAGUAGAUUUCAGCAACAAUAUGCACAUAACAAAUUCAUUAACUGUUGAAUAUUGUGAUGAAUUACUUAAUUAUAAGACUCAAGUUAAACAUGUAAUCUUACAUAAUUGUAAUAUUAAGCGACAUUUGAGAAUUCUAGGCUCAUUUGUAAAUGGUACAACUAUGGUCUUAGGAGUAAAUGAUAUAAGUAUGAUGAAAAUGAAUAGUCUAAAUAAAAUACCAUGUCUCGGUCUAGAUGAAUGCUGUGAUAUAGAAAAACUUAAUGUAAGCAACACUAAUCUAUUCACAAUUGAUAGCAAUAUAACAAUUUACCAUAAGAUCACUGAAAUCGAUCUUUCUCUAAACAAAAUAAGUGAUGUGCCAAAAGAAUUUUGUAGCUUAGAAAACUUGGAAGUUUGUAUAUUAUCACACAACUACAUACUUUAUUUGCCUGAUGAAUUUGUUAAUUUCAAGAAACUUAGAGUAUUGUGUAUCAACAGCAAUGAACUCUGCAUGCUUCCUGAAAAGAUAAAUAACUUAGAGAAUCUUAAAAAGUUAGAUUUAUAUGAUAAUAAACUGUAUGAAUUUAAUUAUAACAUAGAACAUCUGGAAGAGAUUGAUUUGGCAAUGAAUUAUUUUGAUGUGCCUGAAGAUAAAUCUUAUGUAGAUAGAAAUAAAAAAUUGAGGUUGCAACAUCCAGAUAGAUAUAAUGAAAGAAAAGAAGAAAAAAUAAUUUUAGAAUCAGAAGACAGUAGAGAUGAAAGCUAUGAUGAGGAGUGUGAUGAAAUAAUCUCAGAUUGUAAAUUGAACUUGGCUAUACAGAAUGGAAACAGAGAAAGAUCAUCAUCAAGUUCAUCAGAAGACUGGGAUUCAGAGGAUUGGUGGUGCCCACAUGACUCACCACUAAACACUUCAACACAGGCUAAAUCUAAUUGGAUCUUGUUUAUGCAGCAUAAAGUGGAAGAAGGAAACUUUUGUCCCAGUGAUCUUCACGCAGAACCAGUUGAGAAGAUAAUUACAUACAAAAAUGUGUGUCAUCCCAAAGUUAUUGCUGACGUGGAAGGGCAGUUUGAUGAUUUAUCUGAUAAUUCAUGAUAUUUCUUUGACGUUUCAUAUAUAGCCUGUUUGAACAGGGAUGGAACCUUUUCAUAUCAAAAUAUCUGUGUAACAUCAGCAAGCAGUUGUCGGUUUGCAAACUGUACUUUUGGUUAGUAAUUUUUAAGUGUAAUAGACUGGACAUAAUCUUAUUACAGUGCUCCCAAAUUAAUAAUGCGCAUUCAGAUCUUCGCUAAUGGGCGUAUUCCCGGAAACACCCGAAUCAUUCAAUCGUAAGAGCCCUAAACAAUGCACUUGCAAUUUGCACCUUGUUCGAAAGAAAUAGGAGUCAAAUCAUGUGUUCACAAUACGAAAACAAAUCGGGCGGUCGGCUGUGGUAGCCGGUCAGUCAGUCGUCUUUAAGUAUUGGUGCCGACUGCACAUGUUCAGUCUAUGUGGAAUUAUAUAGAGCUCCUAUUACACACCACUCGUACUUAUUAUUGUAAUAUAAUUCUACUAAAUUAUGCAAAAGUAAUGCAUUUUACCACUCUAUAUAGAUAUCGUCUCCCGACUGUCGGGAAAUACGACCGUUGCCGAAAAGUGGCGAAGAUCUGUAUGCGCAUUACUAAUUUGGGAGCACUGUAUACCUGGGUUAUAAAUGUAUAUUGUAUUUCUGUGAUAGUAGGUAUAUAUAGGUACAUACUUAAUGCAGUAUGGUGGUUAAUUGUGAUUAAAGGAGUGUCUAAAAAAUAGCUCAUUUUUGUUAUAAUGAAUAUUGAGAUCAAAAAGAUAUUCUACAUAUAAAACUAAAAUACGACAAUCGGCCAUGUUAACUGACACAUGUAAACCACUUUACAUUUUAUUAACAUCACGGUGUCGAUUGAUUUUUGGUUUUUAUAUAUUUUACGUGAUAUCAUUGAUUUCUGAAGCGUGACGUCAUAAUCGGCCACGAUGGUCUACGAGUGAUUCCGUGCGUAGUUAAAAGUAUUAUUUUAAAGUAAAUUGAUUAAUUUUAAACAAACAGUAAUUUGAUGUUUGUUGACAGCUUAUUGUGCAUGUUUCAUUAUUAUAAAUGGAAGAUACAUUGUAGAAGAGAAAUCCAAAAAUCUGUCAUCAUGCAUGUCAGGGUUCCAUAAACUAGAAGUAGUGUAACACAACGUGACAGCCUGAUAUAUGAUGAGGGGUGGGACAGGCGCCUUAAAGUGACGUUUUCAGAAGACUGUAGUGCCAUCUGUUAGUUGGCCCGAAAAUGAAUGCUUUGUCAGAUGUCACUCGCUUUGAAACCUUUCAACUUUUCUAUGACCCGUCAGUGACUAAGCCGCCACAAAACGCGUGGCGCGAUUACCAGUCUUAUGCCGCCGCGCGUUGCCGACGCCAAGUCAACGGGCUCGGGUUACACAAUAAAAUUUAUUGCUUUUGAAGUGUUUCGGCUUGUUUAUAAAAACGAACGUCAAUGCUUUUAUUAUUAAACAAGCUAGCGCUUUGUUAGAUUACAUAAACAAUAGAAUCUAUCCUUUAUGUUCUAUUUUGUCAAAAUUAAAUAACGCGCAAUUUCAGCAUGUUAAAAAUUGCAAUACCUACAUUAAAAAGUAGAGUAAGUUAUUGAAAUGCGUCACAACAUAAAAAAUGAAUAUAAUUUCGGGCUUAUAUAUAGUUAUUUUCGGGGCCGAUCUCCAGAUGGCGCUAGUUUUCAAAUAGACAGCUCAUAAUGCGUAGAGAGGGCUCUCUUUUCCCUAUAUACUAUUAUACUCUUUGUAUGUGAUCAAUUUUGAUUUGACAGUGUGUGUGUAAGCUAGUAGCUUAAUAUUCAAAAUACUAAGGAUCUAAUGCUAGACGUGGCUGACUACUUAUGUCUUGCCAACCAAACUGGUGACAGCAAGAACAGAUCUUAACUUUUCUAUCUUGCUGUAUCCCCAUUAGAGAUAUUCUGCUCUCUCACACACUGUCUAUACGCUGCUUAUAUUGUAAGUCUAUGGUUCUAUGUUUUUGAAUGAUAUAUUUAUUAUUUAAUAUCAUACAACGCGACUAUCGUAUUUUUUUUUGCUAUCUGUACCUGUAGGGUGGGAGCGAGAAGUAAAUAGAAUAAUACAUCAUUAAUUACAAUUCGAUUAUUUAUUUGCGCGGCUUUUACACUAUUAGAUACAUUUUUUAAAUUAAAUUUGAUUGCAACUCCCACCCUGCAAAUGUUAUAUUUAUGUAUUUAUUUCGAAUGAUAAAAGCGGUUUCUAUUUUAGUCUUUAUAGUCAAAGGCUUUAUUUAUGUCAUGUUUAAAUGAAGACAAAAAACAUCUGAUUGUCAAUCAGUGAUCUAAUUUAAAUAUUUUAUAAUAAUAUUUUAUUAUUAGUAGUGACUAAUAAUUAAAAUCUGGCCAUAGUUAUUGUGUACUACAUCGUUCUAUUGUUUGGUUAUUAUUAACGAGCUCUUUCACUCUUAUUGUAGUUUAUACAUUUGUUGGAUUUGCAAUUAUGUUAAAUUCAGAGUGCCAUUCUUAAUAUAAUAAUUAUGUUUUCUUACUCAAUUUAUUUAGUUGUGAGUACAUGUUAUAUUCAUGGGUAUUCAAGAAUGAGUUUUGUCUAAUUUAGAUGUUACACUUAGGGUAUGUUCCGAUAUGCACUGCGACCACUGUAGUGUGACGUCAAUUUAGCAUUUUUUGACGCAGCAUUCAAAUGUGUGUAUUAAAGUUUGCUAGGUUUAAAAAAAAUGUUGGAGUACUGUCAAAUUAAAAAUAUUUGUGAUUAAACUGUAGGUAUUGUUUAUAAAACGUUAGGCACACGAGCGGUUUUGACUGAUCAUGUGAUCAAAGUACUGCGAGUGCCUUACCUCGAAAACGCCAGUGCGCACAGUAGAAUAUGGCGGCGAUUUAUGACGUCAUAUAUUACCCUAGGGUACUGCCAGGGGGGUGCAAUUUCUCUACAUUGGCACAUGAAAAAAAUUUGCAUUGAAAGUGCUGCCACCUAUUCUAUUAGGUACGCUGCAACUUCACCACGAUGGCAAUAAUUUAACAUACAUGAUAGAUGGAUAGAUGGAGCUAGUGAUAGCAAAAAACUCAACUUACUUAUUAAAACAAGACUUGACUAUCGUGUUGAAAUCAUUGAAUGCCUCUCCUUAUUUAAAGGUAACUGCUAAACUUAAUAAAUGAAUAAUAAUUUCCACCCACACAAAACAAACAUCAACAUGCAUUCAAUACGGUCUACAACAAUAGUAAAAACUAUAAACAUAAUUAGCGCCAUCUAGCGACGGUACGCUAAGAGCGUAAAAAUAACGCAGCGCCAUCUCUUAGCCUGGGUACACUGAUUUAACAAAAUAAAAACAUUAGUUGCACAUCUAUCUCUAAUAAAUACUGCCAGUCCAUACCGGAACGAAUUAUUCUACAGUGAUAGCAUUGUGCAGUGCUCGCAGUACAUAUCGGAACAUAGUCAUACCCUUACAGAAAUGUUUUGAUUCUACAAUGUGCAUGAUGCACACUGAUGUGUUUUUCUGUAAUGCAAUCAAUGAUAUUGUAAAAUAUAUAUUUCAAAACGCUU